UAAAAUGAUGUCAAACGCAAACUGGGCUGGUCCAUGAACCAAGAUGGAGGCGAAUUGGGAAGAAGUGCAAGUUGCUCACAAAGAAAACCGGCGCGAACUUGUCCUCUCUGGAGCUGCCGUCGACCAAAAGAUCACACAAAAUGGAGUCGACCCCGCCAUCUAUCAGCUUCACCUCUUGAACUUCUUAGAAAUCAGCAGGACAUGUCUGUCCGAGCUGUCAGAAGACUUGGGAAACCUGACUGGACUGAAUAAUUUGAUUCUACACAGUAACAAACUAACGCACCUACCUAACAGUUUAGGUAAGCUACAGCAGGUGAAAGUUUUCGACGUCUCACAGAAUGAGCUGGAGAGUCUGCCGGACACGGUGGGCAAGAUGGCGGCUCUAAGGAUUUUUAACGUCAGCUGCAACCAGCUGAAACAGCUGCCAGGACUGGGGGAGUUGGAACACCUGGCACACCUGGAUGUGUCACACAACCAGCUGUCGCACCUGCCUGACGACAUGUACAAGUCUGACAGUCUGCUAGCUGAGCUCUAUGCUGGAAGUAACAACCUGACAGAGAUCAGCACAGACAUCUCCGUCCUCCCGGCGCUGAAGGUUCUGGACAUGUCGGAGAAUCGGAUCACCGAGGUCCCCUCCCAGCUGUCCGGCUGUGGCAAGUUGAAGGACCUGAACCUGAAGAACAACCCGCUGAAGGACAGGCGUCUGGACAAGAUGGUGAAACAGUGUCAGGCUAAAGCCAUCCUGGACUACAUACGGCAGAAGGCAGGGGGCGCUAAGGGCAAGGGAAAGGGUAAGAAGGGUAAACACGACAAGCACGGCAGCGGUGGUGACCAGGUGUCGGAGCUGGCUGUCCAGAUGGACCGAGUGCUGCAGGUGACGUCCACUUCACAGGACAGUCCUGACCAGAUCAGGGUGCAGGUGACAGCUGCAGCCCUCCAGGUGCGACCCUACCUGGUGUGCUGUAUCCUCCGCAACCUGGACCUGGAUGCACCUGAGGACCUCCGGCAGUUUCUGGCCAUCCAGAACCAGCUCCAUGACACCAUCUGUGGGAAGAGAACCCAGGCCACCAUUGCCACCCACGACUUGGCCGCAGUCAGCAGUCCACUCAUCUUUGAUGCCAGGGCUCCAGCUGAAAUUUCAAUCCACCCCCUGGGUCGUCAGAAGGAGAUGACAUCAUUGUCAGUCCUCCGAGUGUUGCGGAAGGAGGCAGAGCAGCAACGGCGUGACAAGAAGAGGAACCAAGUGUCUGGGAUCCACAAGUACCUGGACCUGCUGAACAAUAUGGAGCUGUACCCCUGUCUGGUGGACAAUGCUGGUGAUGUCAUCUCCUUCCCUCCUAUCACCAACAGCCAGAAGACUAAGCUGAGUUAUUCCACCAAGGCGGUGCUGGUAGAAGUGUCCAGCUCAACAGACCUGGCUGUGUGUAAAACUGUCAUGGAGGAACUCCUGAAGCAGACAGUGGAGAUGGGGCUGUGUGGGUCACUCACAGACACCCAGGCAGACACCCAGGCUGAAGCACAGGGCGAUGGACAGAGCGGAAAGGUGUUGGUGGUGGAGCAGGUGCGUGUGACCGGAGGGGACGGACAGCUGCGCGUGCUGUACCCCUCCCGUACAGACCUGCAGAUGGACUCUUCCAUCCUCACAGUCCUCAGAUAGCUCCAACUUUUAUUACAUCAAGUCAAAAUCUGUAUGUUAUUCCCAGAGAAAUUUGUUUCGUCACAAGAGCAAGGAUGUACACACCAUUCC